AUGGCUGACGCCUUUGCUUCUGUCUCACACGCCGCCUUGGAUAGUGUGAUAGACAAUGCACUUGAUGCGGACUCGGCUCGCAUCGACGCGACGCGCCUCGGCCUUUUGAAGGGCGACUCCUUGGCCCAUCGGGCAGUUGACAAAUUGCAGAGGUGGGGCAUGGGGUUCAAUGCCGUGGUCACGGACGUCGCGGAGCUGGAUGUGAACGUCGGGAGCUCGCGUCUGCUGGUCGCCCUCGUCAUGGCUGCAGUCCAUAUUUUCGUGAAUUCUGCUGUUGCCGCCGCCCGCGUGAAUAUGAACGAGCAUUUGCACCGCCAGGACUUCAGGACUGAGAGGCAGCGGGUGGGAGGCAAUUUCGACGAGGGGUGCCGCAAGCUGGUGGUGAACGCGGCGAAGACCGUGGUCGGCCUCGACGUUCAGACGGGGCGCUUCCCAGGCAGUCUGUCGCUCGUGGCGCUGGUGAGGCCAGGGCGCGCGAAGGCGCAGCGUCGCGCUGCCGGCAACCAGGAGGAGCUCGCGCGCCUGAAGUGGGCGCGCUCGAAUGUGUGGAUCGGCCGCUGCGCGUCGAUCGUGGGCGACGCGACGAUCCCAGACGACGCCGAGGAGUUGGUGGCGCAGCGCGCGCGCGAGGUCCAGACCGCGGCAGAUUUGGAGGACAAGAUCAUAGUGUGCACGGCGAAGAAAGCGUUCUGCCAGCAGAACUGGCGGGAGGACAUGUAUCGGGUCGAGCUCUUCACGACUCUGCCCUUGAGGCCCGUGGCGGGGCAGGUGAUAUCCAUUCUCUUGCGGGCCGAGGGCAGUGUGAAACAGGCGGGCAGCCCUCCGCAGGGCCCGAAUGUGAGGAAGGUGGUUCAGAGUCUCGCGAACUUAGGGGAGUACCAGGCGCAGCACGUGGCCGCCCCGUGGGUCGGGAUCGCCGAGAGCGCGAACCUCUGCUCAGGAGGCCCAGGCGCCAACGCGAUAUCCGAGGCGAUCAAGGCCGAUGGCAACGGCAGCGCCUCUGGGAAUGGCUCUGCUUCGUUUCCGAGGUGCCAAUCCCUCGAGCUGCGGACCGUGACGAAGGAGCUGAAGAAAAUAGUGGCCACGCACGUGUCGAGGCAAGAACUGGAGAACCAGCUGCGCGCCGUCACCAAACACGACCGCGAAGCGGACCUAUUCAUCAAGACUCUCUUGACGUGCGUGGAGGUUCUUGCCAAUGGUGCGGGAGGGAUGAUUGUGUCCGUCAUACACGAAGACAUGCUUCGAGGAGAGCUGAGCUUCGACUACCUGGACGGCGGUCUUCACACAAGGUGCUUCCGCGAAAUCUGCAAGAAGAUAGGCGAACCUAACUUCGACAUCAUGCUGGAGCUCCUGACCGCCCACAACGAGACGGACAGGUGGGAGAAGCAAGAGCUGGAAGCCCUCUGCAAGAGGAUACCCGAGGCCGAGAAGUACAAGGACCUCCUCGGGCAGCCGAAGGACGGAGCCAUCACGAUCUGCCACAGGAGCUCCGUCAAGGGCGCCGCCAUGCACCUGAAGUAUCCGUCCGAGAAGUUCCAGCUCCGAAAGCAGAACGGCGCAGCCGCUGGGACCCGGCAUGCCUCCGCGCUCGGCUUCGCGGAACACCUCUGCGCGAAGUUCGAGGGGGACCUGCUGCCGGGCGUGGUCUUUGCGCGCUCCGAUGGUGGCGGGGCGCACGCCUUCAUACCGCAGCCGGGGGGCGAGCCGCUGGUGCUCCACUUCGACACACUGAAGAUCCCCUCGCAGGCGGACAUGCUGGAGAUCUUCAGGGACAGGAUCAUGGCGAACGGGCGGCUCCUGCGGAAGGAGCACCAGGUGCUGGCUCGCACGGGGAACGACGGCGAGCAGGUGAUUUCCGUGGUCUCCGGCAAGGUGACAUCUUCCAGGACCGUCGAUAGCGGCUUCAUGGUGAUCCGGGCUAACACUCCCGACCAGGAAUACUACGCGCUCAAGAGGGCAAUUUUCGAGAAAAACUACGAGGUCCCGGGCCGAAACCUGGCGGAGACUGAGUCCUUGGACACGAUGUCCGAGUUCACCAGGAAGUCCAGCGAGCAGCUGAUAUCCAAGGGCUUCAAAUUGUACAAGCCCCGCCUGGACGCUAUCCGCUGGGCCUAUGAGGUGACAGAGGAAGACAUGAAGCGCAUGCCGACGAGCUGCUUCCAGUCUCCGUGGGACCCGUCCGUGCUGCAGCCGCUGAGGACGGGGGACAUUCUGGGCAUGCCCGCGCCCGAAGACAAGGCGUCCGAGAUAUACUGGAUGCACCCCCACGCCCUGAGCUCCUACACCGAGUGCACCCUGGCCGACGUGGGCCUCGCCAGGGCGGCCUCGGCGACGAAGUACAAGGACGGGUGA